AUGUUUGUACAAAGAAGGUUAUCGUCUAGUAUCACACGGGUUAUUGGCUGGAACUUUAAGAAUAUCCGAUCGAAAAAUGAUUCUCUAGAAGUAACUUUCGAGGAGGAUGGAAAACCAUCAAAACUGAUAAUGCCAUUGGCUUGGCUUCGUGACCAUUGUACAUCGAAAACGCACUAUCAUUACCCGACGAAUCAGCGAAAAUCGAAUUGUACGGAUCUCAUGAAUUUGUCUAGAAUAGAAGGAUCUGAUAAAAUUUCAAUGGAUCAGAAUCAGAAAUCUUUGAUUAUUGAUUGGAUUGAUGGACAUCGAUCGGUUUUUGAGAUUGGAGAUGUUGUUGGGAAAGGCAGAAAGAAAAAGGGAGAAAAAAUGGAUGGAGUUUUGAAAUUAUGGGAUUCAAAGACAUUGGGAGGAGUUCCAAGAAUCGAGAAAUCGAACCUCUCGCUUCAAUCAUUCUCCGAAAAUCUGGUAAAAUAUGGAGUUGUGAUCAUUGAUGGAAUUGAAGGAACUGCUGAGGCAACGGAAAAACUUUGUCAAAGUUUAGUUCCGGUUCAUGACACAUUUUUCGGACAAUUCUGGGUAUUUAGUAAUUCCGCAACGCAGGACGAGCCCGCUUACGAAGACACUGCCUAUGGAAAUGAGGAAAUCGGACCUCACACAGAUGGAACAUAUUUUAAUCAAACUCCUGGUAUCCAAGUUUUCCAUUGUCUAACCCCAGCAAACGUUGGGGGAGAUACGGUAGUUGUGGAUUCAUUUCAUUGUGCUCAAAUUCUCAAAAAUAAGCAUCCGGAGCAUUUUGAAACACUUUGCAACACAAAGAUAGCUCAUCAUUAUCUAGAAGGUCUCCGCCUGGCAGCCAGAUCCAAAGUUUUCAACCCUUACGAUCGUGCUCCUUAUUCUUGCCUCUCAUCUUCUGAAUCUUCGGCUUCUGGCGCUAUAAAAUUCUACGAAGCGUACCAAGAAUUCUCCAGAAUAUGUCACGAUCAUCUGAACGCUUUAACAGUUUCUCUGCGUCCUGGAUCUGUGAUUUUUAUCGACAAUUUUCGGGUUUUACACUCUAGGACAGCAUUUCAAGGAUACCGAAAAAUGUGUGGAUGUUAUUUAUCGCGAGAUAAUUUUAUGGCGAAAGCCAGACCGUUUUUUGAUGGGAAUGUGAAAGAGUUUCUGUGA